GGCGGCGCUUGUUGGCAACAGAGUAGCGUCGCAACGACACUUUUUUUUCAGUCCCUGUAAAAGAGUUUGAGCAGGAACAGAGUUGUGUAUGUAGCAGGGGGGGUCGGGCUGCAUCUGGGGGGUGACUGCUGAUUUUCAGCACAUUUAUUUAUUUUUUUUUCUAUUUUAUUUUCCUCUUAUUUUGCUUGCUUCGAGCAAUCCGCUGCACGCGCGCACGCCGAUAUAUUUUGACGUACAGAUCUUCGUAUAGACCAUGAACAAACUCUAUGUGGGGAAUCUGAGUCCUUCGGUGACCGUGGAGGACCUGAAGCAGCUCUUCGGCGAGAGGAAGCUUCCCGUGACCGACCAGGUCCUGCUCAAAUCCGGUUAUGCCUUCGUGGACUUCCCUGACCAGAACUGGGCGAUUAAAGCCAUCGAAACCUUAUCCGGGAAAGUUGAAUUACAUGGGAAAGUGAUCGAGGUCGACUACUCGGUUCCUAAAAAACUAAGGAGUCGGAAGAUUCAGAUCCGGAACAUUCCUCCUGAUCUCCAGUGGGAGGUUUUGGACAGCCUAUUAGCAGAGCAUGGUACUGUAGAAAAUGUGGAACAAGUUAACACUGAUACAGAAACAGCAGUGGUGAAUGUGACAUAUUCAACAAAAGAAGAGGCUAAAAUAGCUGUAGAGAAGUUAACAGGACAGACGUUUGAGGAUUACUCUUUUAAAGUGUCUUAUAUUUUGGAUAUGGAUGCUGCUUCACCUCCACCUGCGACCCGGAAUCGUCGCAGUGGAAGGACUUCACGGGAACAGGACUCGCAGCCCGGGACCUCUGGAGGCUCCCUGGGGCCCCGGCAGAAACAGCCAGACUUCCCCCUGCGCAUGCUGGUGCCCACGCAGUUCGUGGGAGCUAUCAUUGGCAAGGAGGGGCUCACAAUCAAAAACAUCACCAAACAGACACAGUCUAAGGUGGACAUCCAUCGUAAGGAGAACGCAGGAGCGGCGGAGAAGCCGAUCAGCAUCCACUCCACUCCUGAGGGCUGCUCGGCCGCCUGCCGCAUGAUCAUGGACAUCAUGCAGAAAGAGGCUGAUGACACGAAGGUAACUGAGGAUAUUCCUCUGAAGAUCCUGGCCCACAAUAGUCUGGUUGGAAGACUGAUCGGGAAGGAGGGCAGGAACCUGAAGAAGAUUGAAGAGGAGACAGAGACCAAAAUAACCAUCUCCUCUUUACAGGACUUAUCUAUGUAUAACCCAGAGAGAACCAUUAUAGUGAAGGGGAGCAUCGAGGCCUGUUGUAGUGCUGAAGUGGAGAUCAUGAGAAAGCUGAGGGAAGCCUAUGAGAAUGACAUUGCUACUAUUAACCAACAAACCAACCUUAUCCCUGGGUUAAUUCCAAGUGCACUGGGCAUCUUUUCAACUGGUUUGUCAGUAUUGCCACCAGCUGCUGGGCCCAGAGGCAUCCCACCUGUACCCCCAGCUAGCUUCAACCCUUUUCUUGGUCACUCAUCACAGCUGGGUGGACUGUACAGUGUCCCGCCUGCUAGUGCCAUCUCUCACCAGCACACAGCUCCUGAACAGGAGGUGGUCUACCUCUUUAUUCCAACUCAGGCUGUUGGUGCUAUUAUUGGCAAGAAGGGCCAACAUAUUAAACAACUGGCCCAGUUCGCAGGAGCGUCUAUUAAGAUCGCACCUGCAGAGAGUCCUGACGUCACUCAGAGGAUGGUCAUCAUCACUGGCCCACCAGAAGCUCAGUUUAAGGCCCAGGGCAGGAUAUUUGGGAAACUGAAAGAAGAGAAUUUCUUUUCUGCAAAAGAGGAAGUGAAGCUGGAGACACAUAUAAAGAUGCCCUCUUCAGCAGCGGGGAGGGUCAUCGGGAAAGGCGGCAAAACGGUUAAUGAGCUGCAGAACCUAACCAGUGCAGAGGUCAUAGUGCCACGGGACCAAACCCCAGAUGAGAACGACGAGGUCUUUGUCAAAAUUAGUGGGCAUUUCUUUGCCAGCCAGACUGCACAGAGGAAAAUCAGGGAGAUCAUCCAGCAGGUGAAACAACAGGAGCAGAAGCACCAGCAAAGCGCCCCCGUGACACACAGUUCCAAGUGACCAUCAGGGCAGUCCCAGCGGGCACCUGCCAGUGAAUGUAGCCCUCCCAACUGGAAUCAGACCAGACCGGAUGAAGGGGACCGGCCGGGCAGACCAGCAGCCGUGGGAUCAAAACCAAAGAACUUCUUUCUGGGGGAGAUGAAGGAGCCACAGGCAGAAGGGCUCUGAGUGCACUGCCAGCUUGGGGAGGGGGGGAGGGGGAUGAAGCGCAAGGAAGACAAGCGUUCCUUGUAUCGUUCAAACACACCCUUAGUAUGAGAAGGGCAUCUGUUAUCAGGACGGGAAACAUCAGGGUUGCCCCAUGUAACAAUUUCUUUAUAAACUUCUUAAUUUAGGCUUAAUCUAGGGUUAAAGUGUUAGUUCACCCUCGAAGCAUCCUAGGUGUAUGUGACUUUCCUCUUUCAGAAUAAUCCAAUCAAAGUUAUAUUAAAAAUUGUCCUUGCUCUUCCAAGCCUAUCAGUGGGGGUAAG